GAGCGAAUGUUGUUGUUUUGUUCCAGGAAGAGAGAACGUGGGGAAUGUACUGACACAGCAACUGCGUCAAUAACUAUUUUGACGUGCAUCUUGGCUUUAAUCUGCUCUUCAGCAUGGUAAAUGGUUUUGAGUGAUAGAUGGCGCUAUUCCUGGACGCAUCCUCAGUAGGCAACGCCAUGGACACUUCGAACUUUGCCCACGUCAUCUUCCAGAAUGUGGGGAAGAGCUACCUGCCUCAUGCUGCAUUGGAAUGCCAUUAUACCCUCACCCAAUUCAUCCAGCCUCACCAGAAGGACUGGGUCGGCAUAUUCAAGGUCGGUUGGAGCACAGCGCGCGAUUAUUACACAUUCCUGUGGUCGCCUCUUCCUGACACCUACGAGGAGGGCACUGCGGUCAACAGGGCUGUGGUGUUUCAAGGAUACUACGUUCCCAAUGAUGACAGCGAGUUCUACCAGUUCUGCUACGUGACUCAUAAAGGGGAGAUCCGUGGCGCCAGCACGCCCUUCCAGUUCCGUGCCAACAGCCCCUCCGACGACGAGCUGCUGACCGUGGAGGAUGAGUGCAACUCGGACAUCCUGGUGGUCACCACCAAGACUUGCUUCCUGGAGCAAAAGUUGGAGGAAGCCCAGAGAGAGAAGGAGGAGCUGGUGAAGACCAUGGCCCUCCUCCACCAAGAGAGAGACCAGCUGGAGGUGGAGAAGGAGAGCCUGCAGAAGGAGUGCGAGAAGGAGAAGGAGACCUGUGCCCAGUUCAGACGAGAGAAUCAGGAUGUGCAGAGCUCAUCCCAGGCCUUACAAGAGGAGCGAGAGGAGGUGAAGAGGAGGCUGGAUGAGGCCACGGCAAGAGUUGUGCAGCUGGAGGAUGACCUCAUAGGCAUCACCCAGAAAGGGCUACAGAGAGAGACUGAGCUGGACGGCCUGAAGGACAGAGUGAAGAAGCUGACCGUGGAGAAGGAAGCGCUGGAGUCCCAGUUGAAGAACGAGAAGGAUGAGAAGGAACUGUACAAGAUUCACCUGAAGAACCGUGAGCUGGAGAACACCAAGCUGAGUGCAGAGCUGCAGAUGCUGAAGGGCGUGGACGUGAACAAGGAGAACACCAUCGCCCAGCUGAAGGACGAGGUGGGCUGUCUGCGCACCUGCCUGACAGAAAAGGAAAAGCAGCACAGAGAGGUCCUGGCCAAGGCCUCCCCGUCGGGGGAGCUGAAGGCCCUGAAGGAGCAGCUGCGCCUGAAGGAGGAGCAGCUCCACGCCACCCAGCAGGAGUCCUCCCUGCUGGGCGCCGAGCUCCGCGACGCCUCCAGCACCCGGGACCGCAGCAUGGCCGACCUGUACCGCAUGAGGCUGGAGGCCGACGCCCUGCGCCGGGACAAGGCCGACGUCCAAGCGCAGUGUGCCCGGCUGGAGCGCCAGGUGGAGCAGGUGAAGGUCCAAGCCCAGCACGAGGCAGCCAAGGCAGAGGCCCGGCCGGAGGAGGAAGGCGUGGAUCCUGCCACCGUCCUCGAGCUGCAGCGAGAGGUGGAGGACCUGAAGCUACGCCUGCAUAUGGCCGCCGAACACUACAAGGAGAAGUACAAGGAAUGCCAGCGACUCCAGAGACAGGUGGCCAAGCACUCUGAACAGCAGGGGGAACUGAAGAAAACCCCUGCGGCGGAGGCCAUAACAGUUCCUCUGUCUGUGAGCCCAGACACAUCAGUGCCAGGUAGCCCAGGUUCUGCUGACCCCAUGCUAGAGGCCAUCUUCCAGGAGAAGCUCAAAGGCAUGAACAGAGAAGCCUCCGACAAGAGCGACAAAUACAAGAAAUGCAAACAGAUGCUGAGUGAGGAGAAGGAGCGUAGCUGCAUGUUUGCCGACGAGCUUGCCAAGAUGGAAGUGAAGUUGAAGGAGCAGCUGAAGACCAAUGAGAGCCUGAAGCUGCAGCUGGCAGCAGAGGAGGACCGCUACAAGAGUCAGGUGGCAGAGAAAGGCCGUGAGCUGAAGGAACUGAAAGGCACUCUUGCUGUUCUGAUGAAGGAGAAGGAGAAACUCGAGGGGGAGCUCCAGAACGGCAGCCCCAGGAAGUCGGAAGACAAAGAGGAGAUCAGCCUUGAGAGCGUCCAGUCACUGUUCCUGCAGUACCCCCUCCCCUACGCCCAGGACACCCCCACACCCCUGCUGGUCCCCCAGACCCCCACACAGCUGCACUUCGGGAACCCCUACUCCCCCUCCGACACCAGAGACGGAGCGGACGGGGAGUUCUCCGACGACCAGGUGCUGCGCCUGCCCCCCGUGGGCCCUCCGUCCUGGGACAGCAACGUGGUGUGCAUCCAGCCGGCACGCAACCUCAGCCGGCCCGACGGCCUGGAGGACCCGGAGGAGCAGCAGGUGAAUAACAACAACAACGGCAAUGCCGGUGAACACCCUGCAGCCACUGAACCCCACAGCCCUGUCUUAAACGAGGGGCAGACAACCUUUUGCUUUGAGUCCAGCAUGGACAUCCACAAGCGCUGUCCGCUGUGUGACGUCAUCUUCCCCCCCAACUAUGACCAGAGUAAGUUCGAGGAGCAUGUGGAGAGCCACUGGAAGAUCUGCCCCAUGUGCAGUGAGCAGUUCCCUCUGGACUGCGACCAGAAGAUCUUCGAGAACCACGUGCUCACCCACUUCGACGGCAACGUGCUCAACUUCGACUAGACGCCCUCGGAAGGUGCGCAGACGCGUCCGGUCCCGCCAGCUUCUCUCGCCUCUGACGUCAAUCCCACUGCACUCUUUUUUUCCGCAUGUAACAGUGUGAAGAUCCACUUUUAGGAUUGUUAUCGACUUGCAGUUUGUAACUUUUACGUAGAAGAGCCUUUUCUUGUGAAAGUGAAAGGUGCUGCGGUUCUCCAAAAAGGACGAUGUUAUUCGAUUUUAGUGUAACUGAGGGCUAUGGGUUUAUGAGUAAAACAGACCUCUUGAAAAAGUCCUCUUGGUUCUCGUUUGAAGAGACUUUGGGGGAAAACGACUGUUCUAUACUCACCUCUGUCCGAAACCACUUUUAAAAGAUAAAACAUGAACACUAGAAUUAAGAAAUCAGGGACAGUAGUUACAGGUUUACCAAACAGACAUUGAACCCUUCAACCAAACGCUUCCCCUGGGCUUCUUGUUUGUCAGAUAUCCCUUCUUUAUAGAAAGCAGCCAUGCUGCACUUGAUGCAGUCAGGACGAAAGCAUUGCUUCUGUGAUUUAAAUCCAAACCUGAUCAUAUUAUUAAAUAAUCUAUUUUAGAACUAAGUUUAAAGGCCAAUGAUAUUGCACAAAGCCUUCGCAAUAUGGUUUAUGGUGAAAGACAUGUUCUUCAUUAGUGCAAGUUGAUUUCUUCUGCUUGUUUUAUUAUUUUAACUCUACUGUGUUGUGUGUCUGGCUAAACAGCUCAUGCCUAACCGCUCUGCUGAUCAGUGCAUGUCAGGCCUGUGUUAAAUGUAUUUCUCUCUUUACUUCUUUAAGUUAUUCCUGUCAUAGAGACUGUUCAUUUCCUCGCGUGUUUGACUCAUGUAUCAAAAAUGAAUAAAAUCUCAAUAAAAGUGUCAGUUUGAAACAA